AUGGCCGGUGCCAAGAAACGCGUCGCGGAGAACGACUCGGACAGCGAGAUCAUCACCAAGAAGGCCAAAGCUACAGCCUCAGGCCCGCCAAAGCAGAAGAAAGACUCUGAUGGAAAGGCAUGCUGGGAAUUGAGUCAAAAGAACCGCAUCUCGAUCGCCGAGUUCAAAGGAAAGACAUUUGUCAACAUCCGGGAGUAUUACGAGAAGGAUGGCAAAACGCUGCCUGGGAAGAAGGGUAUUAUGCUUCCACCGGAACAGUUCGCGACCCUCCUCGCGGCCCUCCCCCAGAUCGAGAACGUCCUCAGCGAAAGCGGGAUAGAUAUUCCAAGACCUCAGUACGACGGCGCGCCCGCGGAGAUUGCUGCAGAAAACGAUAGCGCGGAUGAAGAUGAGGAUGAAGAGGAAGUUCCGAAGCCUAAGAGGAACAAACGCAAAAGCCCAAGCGUUGAUGAGGAUGAGGAUGAAGAUUGA